AUGAGUGACUCAAGUACAACUACACUUACACUUCAACAACGCAUGGAAGCAAUUGCCGAUAAGCUUUCACAAUCAGAUUAUGAGAUAGUUUGCUUACAAGAAGUUUGGGUUUAUGACAAUUAUAAAUUGAUCUGUAAUAAAACAAGAAAAAGAUUUCCAUAUUCCAGGUUUUAUUCAAGUGGUGUUUUCGGAAGUGGACUUGUAGUCCUUUCACGUUAUCCAAUAGUUGAAGUAAAUUUCCAUAAAUAUCGAUUAAAUGGUCAUCCAAUCAAAGUUACACAUGGUGAUUGGUAUGUGGGUAAAGGUGUUGCUAGUGCUGUUGUUGACCAUCCUGUAGCUGGAUUAAUUGAAAUAUUUAACACUCAUGUCAUAGAACUUCUCAAGGUUGGGAAAUUUCCAAUUUGCUUAGAGUUUCUACUUCAAGAGCUUGGAGAUUUUAAUAGUGAACCGGAUUCUAUUCUGUAUAAACUUGUGACAACACAUGGACAAAUGACUGAUUCUUGGGCUUCACAAAAUACUUCAAGUUCGUCGAAUGUCUCAACGACAUCUCUUAAUAAUGAUGCUGCUAAUAAUCCAUUUGAUCCAGCAACGUCUAUCACUAAAAAUGGCUACACCUGUGACUCACCUUUAAAUACAUGGUCAAAUAUAUCUUUCAAACAAGCAAAUCAUAACAAUUAUAGUGGUGAACGUAUCGAUUACGUUUUUUAUCGCAAAACAUCAAGAUUUUGGUGCAGUGGGUCACGUGUAGUGUUCACAGAAAAAAUCCCAGAGUUAGGAGUUAGCUACUCUGAUCAUUUUGGUGUAGAAGCAAAAUUUACACUUGUUAAUCGUAAUAAGAAUUCUGUCAUCCCACUUUCAGUCUGGGAUUUUGAACCCCGUGAGACUUUAUAUGAAUUAGACACCAAUACACUUAAGAUUUUAAUGAGACUUUUCACAAAUGAUUUAGAUAAAUCGAAAACAACCUCGAAGAUAUACAUAUUUCUAUUUUAUGCUUCAUUUCUUUUGAUAUUUGGAUUAAUUUUGUUACAAAUAUUACUCACUGCCAAUGCUAUAAGCCAAGAUUAUCAAUACUUGGGUCUCAUUUUUAUCAUAAUAAAUGGUCCUAUUGCAGCUGUUGCCUCCAUUCUAGGAUUGAUUGGUUUGCUUUUUGGCAAUGAAGAACGGAAUAUCCUUAGAGGGUUAUUAGAUGAAUUGGAGACUUUUUUAAAUGGAAAAAAAAUUCUUGAAAGCAGAACAAGUGGUCAAAUCACAACUUCUGAAGCAUGUCGUACAAAUCAAAGGUUUUCUUCUUGUUUUGAGAAUAAAGGAACAAACACUGGCUUACUAUCAAUUUGGUUGUGA